CGUAUAUUGAAAAUCUACAGCGUGAAGCUGAUCGGUUGUGUGGACAACUUAGUCACCGAAUACCACAAGAACAGGAGCCUGCUGAUCCUCAACCCCAAAAUGCAAUCCAGGAUAAUCAAGAUCCUCCAACAAAUUGAGACAAUUGAAAAGAGGACCGAGUCAUGUAUAAAGAUGUGUAAAGACGAUGUAUACAACAAAAACGUGAGGGAGAUUCGACUUGAUUUUGUCAUUAUUUAUCCCUCCACUUUUCUAACUGAAAUCUAUAUUUUUGUCUAA